AAGAGCUCAUGUCUCGGGAAAGGCGAGCAAAUCUCCCUCUGCAACCCUGGUCAUGACUGCCACACAGACUGUCGCUCCGCCUACGUCGUCUCAGCCUUCAGUCCAAUCUCGAUGGGGGCCAGUAUUUGUUACCACCUCGUUCGGAUUUAUGCUUUUUGGCGUGUUUACAGCCCAAGUCUACUUUUACUGGUACGCGUACAAGAACGAUCGCAGACUUCUCCGCAUCUUUGUGAUCGCACUAUGGAUCCUAGAGGCAUCCCACACUUUUUUUUGUUUCCACUUCCUCUAUGAAUACUUUGUCGCCAACAUUGGCUCCCCGAAGCAGUUCUCAGUGAUCGUCUGGAGUGAUCCGUCGAGUGUCCUCACCGAGGCAAGAAGUCAUCAUCGGAACAUCCCGUCAAGGUUCUAUAUCCUUCGCUUAUGGCGUCUAAGCGGUCGUAAUUAUGUUGCUGUGGGAACACUAAGUAUACUCCUUCUAGCUCGUCUAGGCGCAGGCUUCGCAACUAACAUAUGGUUUGCUAUGUGCACGACCUUCGCAAAACUUGGGACGAAACACAUAGUGCAUAUCGUACUGGACGUCGCCCAGACGCUCUCGGCCAUCGUCGAUCUCUUGAUUACCACGAUGAUGAUCUUUUAUCUCAAAAAGGGGAUGAACUUGUCCAGCUUCAAGCAGUCUCGAAGCGUAAUCCAGACGCUGAUGUUCUUCACAAUCAAUACCGGUGCACUCAGUAUGAUUGGCUCUGUUUGUACGCUCUUCCUCCUCAAUUUUAUGACCGGGAGCCUGGCGUUUUGGGGGCUGAUCCAGCUUCAGGGCAAAUUAUAUGCAAACUCAGUUUUGGGAUUCCUUAAUGCGCGGCAACAUCUGAGGGACAAGCUGAUUGAAGUCGAAUUCAAUUCAGUCCCUCUGCAUCUGCCGGAAGCGAGCCCCAGCGGAUCAAGCGCGAAUGGGCCAGUUUUCAAGCAAUAUGCCGGCGAUACGUCAUUAGGCACGAGCGUUGGACAAGACUCUGUGAUAUCACAGCCGCACGCGGACCAGCCGACACCUAGGACAUAG